CCCCGAGAGAGCUCUGGUAUGGCCAGCACCCCCUUUGUGCCCCUGCAACAGGGCUCUGCGAGCACGGGCAAGCCUGCUGCUUUAAAGCUGGACUGUUUACUUCUGUCACUACUUACGCCUGCUGUUCUCUUGCCAGUCAUCCUCUGGAGCGCUCAGAAUAAUCUGAAACAACAGGCGAUAUUUAUUUCUAACUUUGCGUCUCACGCUUCGCGGGAGCACUCGUAACUCGCACAUUAUUAUUUAUCCAAACUUCCGCAAGGCUUUCCAAUGGACUGGUUGAGGACCAGGACAGAUUUAGCACGCACUCUUCAUGGGCUGGGAGCCGUGAGGAGAGCCCCGGGGUGCUUUGAGGGGUGUAUCUGGGGGGUGGCACGGAGCGCUGCUGACACCGGAGGAUGCUGCGCGACCCCGGACCGCCCGCUGAAGGAGAGAGGGAGGCUCUCCUCCGCUCCCGGCAGAUCAUUUCCCUGUGUGUCAGCGCCAGAGGCACGAGCAUGACUGCUCUCUGUUUCCCUGGGACGAAGGAAGAGCUCCGCUGCCGUGGCCGGGUGUCAGGGUAGGGUGGCUGCGGGCUCGGGAGCGGACACUGCCCGGAGGAGCGAACUCCCGGCCGGGACCAGCUGUGCGGGAGAUUCUUUGAUGGAUUACAAUCUCAUCAGACUCCAAUUUGAGAAGAAGAAUGACAGCUCGGACACUUAAACCAGACUUUUCACCAUCCUGGAAAGGAACUGGCUUCCAGAAUUUGGAGGGUUUUUGAUGCUCUACCUCCCUCUGCUGUUACCAGCGAGAAGUUCCUCGACAAUGGGAAAUCAUGUACUCGCAGCUUCGAUUUCCAUGCUCUCGCUGCUGGUGAUGAUGGGAGACACAGACAGUAAAACAGAGAGCUCCUUCCUGAUCGACUCCGACCCCAGCCGCUGUAUGAGGCACCACUACGUCGACUCCAUCAGCCACCCUCUCUACAAGUGCAGCUCCAAGAUGGUGCUGCUGGCUCGCUGCGAAGGCCGCUGCAGCCAGACGUCACGCUCGGAGCCCAUGGUUUCCUUCAGCGCGGUGCUGAAGCAGCCCUUCCGCUCCACCUGCCACUGCUGCCGGCCCCAGACCUCCAAGCUGAAGGCCAUGAGGCUGCGGUGCUCGGGGGGCAUGCGGCUCACGGCCACCUACCGCUACAUCCUCUCCUGCCACUGCGAGGAGUGCAACUCCUAGGGACCAAGGGGCACGGCAGGCGGGGGACAAGGGGGUGCUGCUGCGGGGGAAGAGCCCCAAGAAACAAUCCAAGGUCAGGCCGGUGCUCCCAGCACAGGAUUGCGGCGAGGACAGGACUAACCAGGCCGGAUUGAAUCUGAGAGCAGAAGUACAAAAUAUCCUGGGUUGCUGGAUGGUGCUGGUACCGCAGUGUGGGCUGUGAUAAAGGCAAAAGCAUGAGGACUUGUUUUUAAGAAGCCUUUCUUUUUUUCUGAAAGGAUAUUUUUGAGAGUUUCUUCUUUUUCAGACUCAGCUCUGACUACAGAGAGGUGCUUUUACUCUAGGCCAUGGGCAGCAGGGGAACAGAGAACAAGGUCAGCCAGAUGACAGCACUGCAGUCUGGAAAGUGACAUUUGGACAGAGGAUGGGCAUCAGUUCCCACAGACAACCUCUUAACCUAUCAAUUUAUUCUCAGUUUUCUAGUUAUACUGGCCUUCAAAGCAAUCUGUGCUGUUGGCAAGGGUCAUCUGUUACUGACCUAGUGGCCAAAUGCUGGAUAACUUCAACUGUGGUUUAGCAGAAAUUACAAAUAAACCAUUGAAAAGUGAA